AUGGCGGCGGCGGCGGCGCAGCAGAAGAUCCGGUGGGGGGAGCUGGAGGAGGACGACGGCGGGGACCUCGACUUCCUCCUCCCGCCGAGCGUCGUCGUCGGGCCCGACGAGAACGGCAUCAAGAAGGUCAUCGUGUACAAAUUCGACGACGACGGCAACAAGGUCAGGGUCACCACCACCACCCGCGUCCGCAAGCUCGCGCGGGCGCGCCUCUCCCGCAGCGCCAUCGAGCGCCGCCAGUGGCCCAAGUUCGGCGACGCCCUCAAGGAGGACGCCGGCUCUAGGCUCACCAUGGUCUCCACCGAGGAGAUCCUCCUCGAGCGACCCCGCGCCCCAGGGAGCAAAGCUGAGGAACCAGCUGCAUCCGGUGACCCGCUGGCUAUGGCGAGCAAGGGAGGUGCUGUUCUCAUGGUUUGCAGAACCUGUGGGAAGAAGGGCGAUCACUGGACCUCAAAGUGUCCCUACAAGGACCUGGCACCACCGACUGAAACUUUCACGGACAGGCCUCCUACGUCCGAUGGCCCUCCUGCACCAGGCGGUCCUGUGAAGGGAGCAUAUGUUCCCCCAACCAUGAGAGGAGGCGCUGAUAGGACUGGAGACUCGAUGCGCCGCAGGAACGACGAGAAUUCUGUCCGUGUCACCAACCUCUCGGAGGACACCCGUGAGCCUGACCUCCUUGAGCUCUUCCGCUCGUUCGGCCCUGUCAGCCGUGUCUACGUCGCGGUGGAUCAGAAGACUGGGUUGAGCAGGGGGUUUGGGUUCGUCAACUUUGUUCACAGGGAGGAUGCGGAGAAGGCGAUCAGCAAGCUCAAUGGGUAUGGUUAUGAUAACCUUAUCCUCCGAGUCGAGUGGGCGACGCCAAGGCCCAACUAG